AUGGAAUUCACCCUCAGAAGCCUCCAAGGAGGCCUGAGCUCCGCCUGGCAGGACCGUGCACGCAGCACAGGAGUCUCCAUCUAUGGAACGGGAGGCACGCUGCGCCGCAGGGAGGCACCCAGCGUCUACGGCGGGGCUGGAGGUAAGGGCGUCCGCAUCUCGACUUCCAAACACAUGGUGGGCUGCGGGAACGAUCUCGCCAGAAGAGAGAUGUUUGUCGGUAAUGAGAAGAUGACCAUGCAGAACCUAAACGACCGCCUAGCAAGCUACCUGGAGAAAGUACACUCCCUGGAGCAGUCCAACUCUAAUCUUGAAUUGCUGAUCAAGCAGUGGUAUCAAAAAAACACACCCAGCACCAGGGACGACUGUGCGUAUUUCCAACAAAUAAAAGAGCUCCAAAACCAGAUUAAAACUGUACAACUACAAAAUACUCGUUGUGUCCUGCAAAUUGAUAAUGCCAAACUGACCGCUGCGAACUUCCGGCUAAAGUAUGAGGCUGAGAGGGAAAUGCGCUUAACAGUGGAGAGUGAUAUCGAAGGCCUGAAUAAGGUCUCGGCUGAUCUAUCACUAAGAAGAACAGACUUGGAGGUUCAAAUUAAAGAACUGACGAAAGAGCUGGAUCUCCUCAAAAAAGAACAUCAAGAGGAAGUGGACAUCCUACGCAAACAUCUGAGCAACACUGUAAGUGUAGAACUGGAUACUGCUCCAGCCCGGGACCUUGGUGCCCUCCUGAAUGAGAUGAGGCAGAAGUAUGAAGUGAUAGUCCAGGAGAACCUUCAGAAGGCUAAGGAGCAGUUUGAGACACAGACCGAACUUCUGCAGCAACAUGUCACAGUGAGCACUCAAGAGAUAAAAGACACUGAGGUUCAACUAAAGGAGCUGAGACACACCUACCGGGACCUGGAGAUCAAACUCCAGUCCCACCUCACUAUGAAAGAAUCUUUGGAGCAUACAUUAGAGGAGACCAGGGCUCGUUAUGCUAGUCAAUUGGCCACCAUCAAGGCACUCCUGAACUCCAUAGAAGUCCAACUGACCCAGAUUUGGACCGAUACAGAACGCCAGAACAAGGAAUACAAUGCGCUCUUUGACAUAAAGACCCGACUUGAGCAGGAAAUUGCUACUUACCGCCGCCUUCUGGAAGGAGAAGAUGUCACCCAAACAAACAGAACUACAGAGUAUCAAAAAAGCACCCUGGAGGAGAAAGAUGUAAAGAAAAAACGGAAGAUUAGGACGAUCGUGGAGGAAGUGGUGGACGGCAAGGUUGUGUCAUAUGAAACCAAAGAGAUGGAAGAAGAUAUGUAAACGGUUGCCGGGAGAUCGCUGCUGGGGAUUUGGAAGAAACGUAGACAUAAUCUUUGCUCCCUACAGGAGAGUGGCCAUCAGAAGGCACUAUUAAUGCUUUGUAGUGAUCAGAAGUGGGGGAAAGCCCAUUUAUCCGUCUCUAUAAUUGAAUAUAAAAUGUUUUAUCAGAGGAGUUGCAAACUGCCUACAAAAACAAAACCAGGCGAUCACUCGGACAUUUAAAACCUCAUGACAAGAAAUCUUUAACGUGAAACACAUUGGGUAUAAGCUAUAGACCACCUAAUAUCGAUUUGUUAAUGUUCCUGAAAAGUAUAGCACAUGUGAAUUACACUAAGCCUUGCAGAGCAGUGGAGUCCCUGCAAAUUGCAAAUACACCACUCUCUAAUCUUUCUUGUUUCUGAAUUGCAAAAUCUCCUUUCAGGGGCCUCUGGAUUCUUAAUUGAGCCAAUUUCUUGGUUAAAUUCAUUGGAUGUUUUAUAUUGAUACAAUCCUGCUACUUUUGAGUUAUAUCUACUUUCUUUUCCAUUGUCUUCAUUGCCUUUUAAAACUCACCUCAGCUCAGGGCCCCUGGGUGGCACAAGUCGGUUAAGCGUCUAACUUCAGCUCAGGUCAUGAUCUCACAGUUCGU